UAGGCGAGCCGGCGCUGCUGGGCCUGUUUUCUCGGCGCCCGCGCCCGCCCGCCCGCUCUCCCGCUUCGGCGCUGCCGCACUCCGGGGCCCGCCUGGGGUGGAAUCAUCGGGCCGAGUCAGCCCGUCAGCUUCCUCCGUCGGAGGAGAGAAGCGGGGGCGGACGCUGUAGCGCAGGAGGCUGUUGUGAGUCGGGCAGGGCAGGGCGGCCUUGCUGUGUGUGUUUUCCCGAGGGGGUCCACGCUGUGGUCGGGGGUGGAGAAGCGGAGGAGAAAGCGGGCUUUCUGGGCUGGUUGAAUUUGCCAUGAUUGGCAUGGAUGUUUGAAGGCCACUUUUUUACAAGUACGUUCCAGCUCUUGGCAGCACCAUCUUGAGUGUCUCUGAUGCUGGACAUUUGAAUGCUGAAGCUGGCAGAUCAUUCAGAGGGCUUGCAACAUGUUAUGUUGGGGAAAUGCCUCUUUUGGACAGCUUGGAUUGGGAGGCAUUGAUGAAGAAGUUGUCCUAGAACCCAGAAGAUGCAACUUUUUCAUAAACAAAAAGGUUCGAGAUGUAGGCUGCGGACUAAGACACACUGUGUUUGUCUUGGAUGAUGGGACUGUGUAUACAUGUGGAUGUAAUGAUUUAGGACAAUUAGGACAUGAAAAAUCCAGGAAAAGACCAGAGCAGGUGAGUGCCUUGGAUGCUCAAAAUAUUGUAGCUGUUUCAUGUGGAGAAGCCCACACGUUAGCAUUAAAUGACAGUGGUCAAGUCUAUGCUUGGGGUUUUGCUGCAGAUGGACAACUUGGCUUGCCUGGAACUGAGGAAUAUACCAGAGUGCCCAGAAACAUUAAAAGCUUGUCAGACAUCCAAAUAGUGCAGGUUGCCUGCGGCUACUAUCAUUCCCUUGCACUCUCCAAAGGUAGUGAAGUGUUUUCCUGGGGACAGAACAAACAUGGUCAACUAGGUUUAGGUUAUGAAUUCAAAAAGCAGACUUCCCCACAACAGAUAAAAUCUUUGCAAGGGAUACCUUUUGCACAAAUUACAGCAGGCGGAGCACAUAGCUUUGUGCUUACUCUUUCUGGAGCAGUUUUUGGGUGGGGACGCAACAAAUUUGGCCAACUUGGUCUUAAUGAUGAAAAUGACAGAUAUGUUCCCAAUCUUCUAAAGUCACUAAGAUCCCAGAAAAUAGUUUACAUCUCCUGUGGAGAAGAUCAUACUGCGGCUCUUACAAAGGAAGGUGGGGUGUUUACUUUUGGAGCUGGAGGCUAUGGGCAAUUAGGUCAUAACUCUACUGGCCAUGAGAUAAAUCCAAGAAAAGUUUUUGAACUUAUGGGGAGCAUUGUCACACAGAUCGCUUGUGGAAGGCAGCACACAUCUGCAUUUGUCCCUUCAACUGGAAGAAUUUAUUCUUUUGGUCUUGGAGGCAAUGGACAGUUGGGCAUGGGAUCAACCAGUAACAGGAAAAGUCCCUUCCCAGUGAAAGGAAACUCGCUUCCUUAUAAUGGAAACAUCCCACUAAAUUCAGAUCGUGAAGAAUAUUAUUAUGUACAUAGGAUUUUCUCUGGUGGAGACCAAAGCUUUUCACAUUACGUUACUCUACAGGAUUUGGAACCUCCAGAUGACUUCAGAUACCCAUGUGCUUCGAAGCAAAUCUGGACUGUUAAUGAAGGCUUCAUUCAGAGGUGGCUGCACUGCUCGUCUUCAGGAUCAGGGAGGCUCCCUGCAGAGAUAGCAAAUGAAAUCGACGGAACAUUUUCCUCAGCUGGCUGUCUAAAUGGAAGUUUUUUAGCUAUCAGCCAUGAUGAUCACUACAGAACUAGUGCCAGAUACUCAGGAGUUGACAUGAAUACUGCUCGACUUCUGUUUCACAAACUUAUACAGCCGGAACAUCCUCAUAUAUCUCAGCAGGUUGCAGCUAGUUUGGAAAAGAACCUUAUUCCUAAACUGACUAGUUCCUUGCCUGAUGUUGAAGCCCUAAGACUGUUUCUAACCUUGCCAGAAUGCCCACUAAUGAGUGAUGCAAACAAUUACAUGACACUAGCUAUCCCAUUUGCAACUGCUAUUGUGAAUCUAGAAAAGGCUCCACUGAAAGUACUUGAAAACUGGUGGUCUGCAUUGGAGCCUCCAUUGUUCCUUAAAAUAGUGGAACUUUACAAGGAUGUUGUUGUCCACCUUCUUAAAUUAUACAAGAUGGGCAUCCCGACUUCAGAGCAAAGAAUCUUCUCUAGCUGCCUGCACUCUUCUCUCAAGGUUUUGGAAAUUUUGCACAGGGUAAAUGAAAGAGGUGGGCAAAUCAUACAAUAUGAUAAAUUCUACAUACAUGAACUACAGGAUUUGAUAGACAUAAGAAGUGACUAUUUCCACUGGAUUCAGCAGCAGGCAUAUGGAAUGCUAGCAGACGUGCCAGUUACAAUUUGCACCUACCCAUUUGUGUUUGAUGCACAGGCAAAGACAACACUCUUGCAGACAGAUGCGGUCUUACAGAUGCAGAUGGCUGUUGACCAGGCUCACAGACAGAAUUUCUCAUCUAUUUUUCUCCCAGUAUUUGAAUCUGUCAAUCCAUGUCUGAUCUUAAUUGUGCGCAGAGACAAUAUUGUGGGGGAUGCCAUGGAAGUCCUAAGAAAAACAAAAAAUGUUGACUACAAGAAGCCUCUUAAGGGGAAGAAGCUGUUGAUGCAGGAGGAGUUCGCAAAGAAUUUUUCUUGCUUAUCAUGAGAGAACUGUUAGAUCCCAAGUACGGAAUGUUCAGGUAUGAUGAACAAUCGAGGCUCAUCUGGUUCUCAGAUAAGGUAUGUAAUUUGUUGGAUUUUGUGUAUUUAUAGUAGAAAUGAAUAUCUUGAUUGACUUUCAGUCAAUGGUAUCUUUGAGAAUAUUACUACUAUAAUUGCACCAGUGCACACUGCAUCCUUUAGUCUAUGAUAGCAUUUGUUAUGUUAGCCCUUUGCUCUUGAUCCUGAAUGUGCUCAUUUCUGUCCCCUUUCCCUGGUGGUCACAGAAGUCCAUGAAUACAACAGCACCUGAUUAAGUCAGUCUGUGUUGUGGUUGCUGCAUGGCUGUGUUUUUGUAGAGUGUGUUGGGGCCAAAAUAGAAGUAUCACCGCAUCUUAAAGUCUUAUGGCAUAAGCUUUUAUGAAGUACAGACCACUUCAUUGGGUACAUGAAGUGUUCACCUGAGUUGUUUGGAGGAAGGAUUGUAAAUAAUGAUGUUAGAUGAAAUGUAGAACAUAUGAUUAGUCACAAUUACAUUAUUAACAGUGGCCAUUCACAAAACUCUUGUUGGUGACAAAACAGACAUCCUAGCAUUUUAAACACAUAUAGUGUAAUAAAAAAUCCAAAUGUAGUGUGAUUAAAAGCCUUCCCACAGAAAUAUUCUACACUAGAUGUGCCACAACAGAAAAGGCCCUUUUCCUUUGUUGUAAUUGGCUUCACCAAGAUGUCUCAGAGAAAGGACUUCAAGGAUGAUCUUAGAACUUGAGCUGCAUGUUCCUGUAGAACAAAGCAGUCCUCCUAAGAUGAUUAAAGUUCUAAAGGCAAGAACCAGCACCUUAAACUGUGCCAGAGAUGCAACUAGUGCAGUUUUCCGUUGAGUGAGAUAUGAAAUAUAGUGCAUUCAAUUGGUCUCUGUUAAUAAUCUAGGCAUUGUAUUCCAUACCUGUUGAAGUUUCCUAGUUUUCUUCAAAGGCAGCACCAAGUGCAGUGCAUUAAUACAGGGUGUUACCAGGUCAUAGAUAACCAUCAUCAGGACCAGGGCCGUCUUAAGUUCAUCGAGUGCCCUGGUGCAGGGAUCCCUCGGGCGCCCACCCCACCCCCUCUUUAAAAAAGAAAAAGGGGGAAAGGAAAGCUCUUACCUUCCCUGGAGGCGCUCGCGCCGGAAGGCCUCGGGGCUUCCCGGAGCCCUCCCGCCGACAGUGGAGGCCAGAUGGCGCGCCAUGGAGCCAGUGGGGAGAGCCUCCCUGGCACAGCGUUAGGGCCUGGUGUGCCAGGCGGCGGGGGGAGCCUCACGGCGGCCCCUGCGCCUCACAGCGGGGCCGCGCUGUGCCAGAGGCCGCCCAGCAGCUUCUCAUGGCCCCCGGCCGUCUCCUGCAACUCCGGCACUUGCGGGGUCCACGUGGCCUCCCCUCUUCCGUGGGUGGGCCACAGGGCCCGGGUGGGUCUGGGCAGUGCCAGGAGGCCUCCCGGCCGUUUCCUUGCGCCAACAGGGCACUGCAUUCCUUCCCACCAACAGGGCACUGCAUUUCAUUGGUAGAGCUGCUGCCAUGUGGCGUCGCCUCUACCAAUGAAACGCAGCAUCGGGGUGAGGGAUGACCCUGGCGCUGCAGAGCGGAACAGGGUCCUAGUGCCCCUGUUCCCUGCUCUCCCCUGAGCAGCGCGGCUGGCAGGCGUGCAAGACUCAGAGGAGGGAAAAGGGAGGCCGCCGCACAGCUCCUCCACUUGCUGGGGCGCCCCUGAGCGCCCCGCGCCACUAGAGCCAGUGGGCAAGCCGGCCCUGAUCAGGACAUCUCUCUAGAAUCCCAACCCUCAAAGCACUGGUUGCUUGCCACUUGAGUUGUUGCCUGGCUACACUAGAGGGGAUUGUAAAAUCAAAUACAAAGCAAUUAAACACCCUUUUCUGUAACCCUUGAAGAAAUGGCUUAAUGAGUUUAUAACCCUAUAGAUCCCAACCUCAAACAUAUACAUGAAUACUAACUAGCUUGCAAAAUUAUUGUGAUUCCACUUGAAGUCUAGCAGCAGUUGAAUGUAAGCAUGGCCUCUAAAGCAAUGUGCAUGUUUUCGUAAGCUUUUAAAAGUUUAAUUUCAUGUUUUUCAUAUUUGCAGACUUUUGAAGACAGUGACUUGUUUCAUCUGAUUGGUGUUGUCUGUGGGCUAGCAAUAUAUAAUUUUACUAUUGUAGAGCUUCACUUCCCCUUGGCUUUAUAUAAGAAGCUCCUGAACAAGAAACCUUCCUUGGACGACCUCAA